GUAGUUUAAAGUUUUGAAAAUGUUUCAGUAUUUGAAUUGCUCAAUCAUUCCUCCCUGGCUCUCCCAUCUCUAUUUACGAUAUGUGAAUCGAUGCAUUAGAAAACAAAUUAAGUGUUUUUAAUAACUGUUGUGUACAGUACAGAAGGUUGUGUUACAGAAGGUUUAGUUAAUUGAAACAAACAAUUAUACUUUCCAACAAUGAUUAAAAUUAUUAUUACAAUGUGGUAAAUGAAUUAGCCGGCUCUUAUUGUCGCAAGCCAACAGGGAUUUCGCCCGUCGUCCGAUAUGGUCACACUCACCCACUCAUAAGAAAAGACACCCAAAAUUGAAAAUGGAAAAGCAUCAUCGCCUGCCGCUCCCAGAAUUGCACGACGACAAACACAGACACAAGCAGUGCAAUGGCGAGAACAGCAAUCGCUUCCGGCCGCCGAAGUACAAGACGCGAGGCUACGUCGCCGUGGACAAUAACAAUCUGAACCGAAGCCAAUCGCUGGGCUCCUGCAGCGCCAACAGUUCCCAGAUCGCCCACGCGAUCUCCUUCCGGGACGCCGGGUGUCCUGAUUCCAGUAUGCUGCCCUCGUCGCCAAUCCAGGCAGAACUGAGCACCCUGUCCCUGUCACACUUCGAGCAGUGCUUCGAAAGGCUGGCCAAACUAGGCGAGGGAUCCUUCGGCGAGGUGUUCCAGGUGCGCGACCGCUCCGACGGACGCUUAUAUGCCGUCAAGAUCUCCAAGCAGCUGUUCCGCGGCGAACAGUACCGCGCCGAGCGUCUGGAAGAAGUGCGGCGGUAUGAAGAGUUCUCCGGCCAUGAGAACUGCAUCCGGUUUAUCCGCGCCUGGGAGCAGUACGAUCGGCUGUACAUGCAAAUGGAGCUGUGCCGCGAAAGCCUGGAGCAGUACUUGCUGCGCUGCCAAAGGAUACCCGAGGAGCGCAUCUGGCACAUCUUGCUAGAUUUGCUUAGGGGGCUUAAGUCGCUGCACGACCGGAAUCUUAUCCAUCUGGACAUUAAACUGGACAAUGUUCUGAUCGGCGAGGACGACGAGACGUGCAAGCUGGCGGACUUUGGACUGGUCAUCGAUGUGGACAGGGCCAACAGCCAUCACGCCACGGAAGGCGAUUCGAGGUAUAUGGCUCCGGAAAUCCUACAGGGUCACUUCUCCAAGGCUGCCGAUAUCUUCAGUCUGGGCAUCGCCAUGCUGGAGCUGGCAUGCUACAUGGAUCUUCCUUCCAACGGCCCACUGUGGCACGAGCUAAGGCGCGGCAUCCUGCCCGAGGAGUUCAUAAAUAAAAUAUCACUGGAGCUGCAGUCGGUAAUAAAGUCUAUGAUGAUGCCGGAUCCUGCUCAGAGGCCGACGGCUGAUCAACUACUCUCACAUCCCAAGCUGCAGCACCUGCAAAGAAAACGCAAGUCGCUGAUGAACCUCAGUAUGCUGUCGCGUAGUUUUCGGCGAUCUCGUCGCGCCGUAUGGGGUAGAAUGUGCAAUUGGAAAACGGCCGCCUUCCGUUACCUUCUAUACUUUCUGGAGGUCCUGCAUCUAUGCAAGCCCAUAACGGCCUCACAGCCCAAUAUUAACAUAGUCCCCUCGUCGCCUUCGUCAAAAGGAGUGCCUCUGGUGCCUCGUGUGGAGUUCCAGCUGGUAGGAUCCACACCCAUUGCUAAUCGUGACUGCUAUGCCUCCGACUUCCUUUCCGGCGAGGACCCGCUGGACCUAUCCAAUCAGGGUACCCCGAACGUAAUAAAUUCCACUCCAUUGAACACAAACCAGGGCAAAUCUCGUAUGGAUUUGCUAAAGAGCAAUGUGGAUUCGAUGGGCAGGUACGUUCAGGUACAUGAUUUCGAAAGUCCAUGCUCCGCCCUGUCUUCCGCCAAGGUCCUCGACACCUCAUCGUUCCGACGCAAAAAGCUCUUCGUCCUGGAAUAUGACGACGAGUAAGUACGGUGCCACCGAGCAACGUAAACCGAAUGAAUUUAUGGUACACCCAAUAUAUAUCAGUUACAAAACGAAUACCAGAUACAUAUGGCAACAGAAUAUAUCGUUAAUUGUAUUUUGCUUAGUUCUAGACUGUAGUGUUGUACGAAGUUUCCUAGAUUUAGUCUUACAAUUGUGUAAUGUUAAUGCUUCUUUAGAAGAACUUGUUGAACUUGAACAUAUAAUCAUGUGAUAUAUAUACGAAAAGCGAUUUGAAAAGAUUAAAAAUAAAAACUAAUUGAAAUUAAAACUGGCACUGAAUACAUUGUAUUGACAUUUAAGGCAUAUGAUACAAAUAAUUUAAAAGUAAAA